GUUUUCUCGCGUUUUCCGCCGAAUUUCCCUGCGAAAGUCCGUUUUUUGUGACCAGGAAGCGACGCCGCGUCGAUUGGCAUCGCCAGUUCAAAACUCUCAAAAUCCGCGCCAGAAAAAGUCGUGCAAAUUCCCCAAAAAAAUCCGGCGAGUUGCGCCACCAAAUUUUUACUGAACGUCCUUUGGGGCCCCCUGAGCCACCCGCCAACUUUUCGCGCCCCAAAAAUGAGUUUUUCCAUGGAAAUUUAAUUUUUUUUAAUUUUUCCGCACAACUACAAACAAACGUCACGCACACAAAGUAUUUUUCCUAUUUUUCUCAUGAUUUUUUUAACCCCGGUCUCCCCUAUUCUACACAACGAAAGAUUUUGUUUGUGUGUGUGUGUGAAGUUUUCGAGUGUUUUUGACAACAGGAGAAUAAUUUUAAAUCACACAGAAGUCAAUAAAAUGAGUAGUAUGCAGCUGCUGAGAUACCUUCACAUUGGCACUACUGGGAUGUGCUACGUGGCAACUGAGAAGAAGCCCAGUGUGCGGGAGCUGUGUCGCGUACCGGAUGAAUUGGAGUGCCUGAAGACCCUGGCGGAAGGGGAGAAUCACCGCCUGGUCACGCUGACCAUCAAGAAGGCAAUGGAUAGCGCAUAUUUGCGCCGCAGCAACGAGACAAUCAUCUGCAUUGCGUACUGUCUGCAUUUGGUGAAGAAUAAAGAAUUGCGCGAUGCCAUCCAUCAAAUGCUUCCGGAUCUCCUUGUGACGCAGGACGAUCUGCUACUCUUUGCAUUCUACAAUAAAUUCUAUUCGAUCAAUCGCACAGGCUAUGGACGUGGUUUGCGCAAUGCCAUCACCAAGUGGUACAAUCUCAGAACAACUGAAGAUCUGUGCGACAUGAUGGCUCGUCGGAGUGUCAUUAACAAGUGGUCGCACAAGGAUAUCAUUAGGAUGGCUCAUCCAAAAAUUGAGGAUCCACAGAAGGUGCUCAUUGUCAAGUCCACCUUCCAAGGUGGUCCAAAUACCAUUGAGAAUGCAAAAUGCGAGCAAAAUGUUGCCGAUAUGGUAUCCUAUCAGCGCCUAUUGAUGAUAAUUGAAUUUAAAAAUCUCAAAGAUGGACCCAAGGCCGCGGAAAUGAUUCGCAAAUACAAUAUCCCCUACGCCUACCUUCCCACACAUCUCUGGCCACAUGAGGAUGUGUGGGAUGCGUUGUUGCCAUCAAUGACAUAUCCGGAACUUCUUGAGGCCAUCCCAAGAUUGUCCGUUAUGAAAAUGCUCAAACCCACCGAGGCGCUCUCCAAGAAGUACUGCACAGCUCUCAGUAAUAUGGAAACACUUCGAAAGAGCCAAAUGCAUCCCAUUUCCAUUUAUGCUUUCCUCCAGCUCUAUCGCUCCAAACGUCGCUAUGCUGGAACUGUUAAGGAGGAAUACUACCACAAAAAGAUCGGCAUGCAAGAAAUCGAAGUUAAUGAGUAUGUUGCAAAGAAACUUAUGAAUGGCGUCAAUAACUCCUUCAAGUAUUUGGAACCGAUUGAUCAAAGUAUCUGCGUUGUCAUCAAUUUACGAAAGAAAUUGAUACGCCGUCCUGUUUUUGGGUUAAAACAGCUCACGUGUCUGGAUGUUUCUCUCCUCAUGGCUCUGUCUUUGUUCCAUUCAGGCCGCAUUGUCACCAUUAUGACUUUCUCAAAUAUACGCGGUUACCUUAAGCGUAUACCGAUAACCACGGAGAUGUCCUACGAUGAAGCAUACAAAGUUUGCACCGAAAUGACUAUGGAUAAAACAUGGCAAGAUCUCGGAACUCCAUUGGAUAUGGCAGUAAAUGAAGGUAAGCACUACAAUACUUUUAUCAUCUUCGUGGACUCUCUUCUGCGUGCUGGACGUACAGGGAAGCCACCAAUACCCUCAUUUACGCGCUACAAGACAAAGUAUCAGCAAAAGUCACCAAAUUCAUCCCCGAGAUUCAUUGUUGUGAAUAUGCGUCGUCGCAAGGGCGACAUGAAAUUCACGGAUGAUCCCGAUUCAAUGGGGAUGCUGGAAAUUGCUGGAUUCGAUCGGAAUUCCCCGAAAGUAAUUGAAGCAUUUAUGAAGCAGCAAUUUGUGUAGUGAGCACAAAUUAAUUUACAAAAAUUUCACAUAAAUAUGCGACUUAUUGCUUAUUCUUCUUAUAUUAUUUUCUUUUUCUUUUUUUUCACAUUAUCAGUGAUGCAAAAUAACACUGAUAAAAGAGGAAAAAAAACUCAAAAAUCCUCCAAUUAAUUGUCAAUCAAAAAAUUAUUACAUACAUUAGUUAUCCUUUCAUCCAUAUAUAUAUUUAGCAUUUUAUGAAUUUUCAUUCUAAAGCCAUACCUAUAUACAUACUUAUAUAUACAAAAAUUAGGUGUGCAAAUUAUUUAAUUUUUUGUUAUAAAGAAGUGUUUUUUUUUAAUUGGAAAUCAGUGAAAUUAUUAAAAAUAGUCUCUAAAGUGUUAUUAAAACUUUGGUUUAAAAUAAAAUAAAUUAUAGUAUUAAUGGAUAAAAAAAAGAACCCAGAAUCCUCAAAAUCAGAACAAAUUCAAAAAUAAAACAAAUCUCUAAAAAAUGCUGGAAGGUGCUAAUAAAAAGUUAGUUCGGGAUAUUCUUAAUAACCAAGUGAGACAAGAAAAAAAAAUGUAUAAAAUUUCCGAAUAAACUCAUAUUUUAGAUGCUCUUAUCAUAAAGAAUUAGUUUGUGCACCUAUUAAAUUCUUGCAGAGUGCUUUUUAGAAUUUUCACCUGCAGAGUGUUGCAAAAUCUCAAAGCCGGAAAAAAAGAAGAAAGAAUUCAUUCUUAUGAUAAUUUUAGCAUCUUAAUUAUUCAUAAAUAAAAUUAAUAUUAUAUUUUUCUUUUCUUUGGAUAUCUAGUAGUAUUAAAAUUAAUAUGCUUUUAUUAACUUGAAGUAUAUAAUAUAAAAAAAAUAUAUAUGAAAAAUACUGUGUUCUUCAGUACACCAAAUUAAAACGAGAGAGAGAGAGAGACGAAAAAUGCGUUAUAUUUUUAGUAAUCCGAAAAGUGAAAUGAAUUAAAAGAAAAAUACAUAGUCAGGUAGAAUUCAGUCUGCAAGACGAAAGAAAAAAUUAUUAAAAGUAUUUAACAGGGUGUCACCUAAUCGUAAAGGUGCUUUUGAAGAAGAAAACUAAAAAAAAAAGUGAAACUCUUUUCAUGAUAGAACUGAUAAAAAAAAUAGUGAUUAUAUGGUAUAAUAAAAAGUGAAUUAAUUCA